AUGGCAGCCUCGACGGCCCUACUCUGCGUGGGCUCCAACCUGGCUCUCUGGAUCACCGGCCGCCUCUUCCAGGGCGCCUCGGCUGCCGUUGUCUGGACCGUAGGGAUGGCUUUGCUAGCGGACAAUGUGGAAACGGACGAAUUGGGAGGUGCCAUGGGACUCGCAAGCUCGGGAAUGACUCUGGGAGUGAUGGUUGGUCCUCUUCUGGGAGGUGUCUUGUAUGAACACGCCGGCUACUACGCCGUCUUUGGUCUAGCAUUUGGCUUCAUCGGACUUGAUAUCUUUUUCCGUCUGGUUCUGAUCGAGAAGAAAGAUGCCGCGAAAUGGCUCAGAAGCGAGAGUGAGAAUGAGAGUGAAACCCAAACCGAAACCGAAAGCACAAGAGACCAGGACAGGGACAGCGAACCUCAGACUCCCCAACUCCCAUCCGACCCAGUUGAUAGUAGCGAACGCGGUCUCGCUGCCCACCCUACCCAUGACACCGAGACCUCCUCCCCUGACAGACAGGACCUCUCAACCGACACCUCAUCCACCUGCACCGCCAACACCACCACCGACGAGCCCACGGCCAGCAUACGCAGCAAAUCCGAAGACGGACGCAGCCACGCCAGCACCACAACAUCUCCCAACCCCCUCUCACACAACCGCCUCCUCACGCUGCUCAAAUCACGGCGUCUCGCCAUCGCCCUCUUCGCCUACUUCAUCCAAGCCACGUGCGUCAUGUGCUUCGACAGCGUCCUCCCGCUCUUCGUCCACGACACCUUCGGCUGGGGCCAGUCCGGGCAAGGCCUGAUCUUCAUCCCGCUCUCCCUGCCUCACAUCGGCGACCCGCUCACAGGCUUCAUCGUCGACCGCUGGCCCCGAUCCCGCAUCCCCCUGGCCGCGGGCGCCUUCCUGACCGCCGUGCCCCUGCUCGUCUGUCUACGCUUCGUCACCGAGAACACCCUCGGCGAUAAAGCGCUGCUAUGUGCCCUGCUGGCCCUGAUCGGUAUCAUAGGCGGGAUCCUCGAACCCCCGAUCAUGGUCGAGAUUACGUAUCUCAUCGAGCAGAAGGAGAAGGAGUAUCCGCAUGUGUUUGGGAAGGGUGGGGGGUUGGCGCUGGGCUAUGGGGUUAUGAAUGCGGCGUGGGCGGCGGGGAGUUUAAUAGGCCCGAUUUAUGGGGGGUUUAUUCGGGAUAAUGAUGGUUGGAAUACGAUGACUUGGGCGUUGGGGUUGUUGAUGGGCGCGCCGGGCGUUUUUUUGUUGUUUUUGUUGAGGGAGUAG